AUGCAACGCACAUACCUAGCAUUCCAGCACAACUGCCACCUGUCGACUCUCCAAGUCGCCGUCACGGCUGUCAAACGGGUCGCAUCACUAGAGGAGACCAACAGAAGCCUCUUCAAGCAAGCCCAGGACGAUGACCACGUCGUUAUCACAGAUUCAACCAUCUUCCACCCGCAGGGCGGCGGCCAGCCCUCGGAUGUCGGCGACAUGACUACCGGAGGCCCGGGCGGCGCCAGGUUCGAUGUGCAGAUGGUACGGAUGAGCUCGACCGCGCAGGGUGAGGUGCUGCAUUUCGGGCGCUUCGCGGAUGCGGCCGCGGCCGCGUCCGUCUUCAAGCCCGGAGACAAGGUCACGCAGCGGAUUGAUGUGGAGAAACGCCUGCUGUACUCGCGGUAUCACACCGCGGGGCAUGUGUUGGGUUCUGCGGUCAGGCAUCUUUUGGAGGGGGAGGUUGAGGGGUUUGAUGAGACCAAGGCGUCGCACUUUCCGGAGUCGGCGGCGUGUGAGUUUCAGGGGUUGAUUGAUUCUAAGUGGAAGGAGGUGAUUCAGCGGAAGGUGGAUGAGUAUGUUGAGAGGGAUAUGCCGGUGGAGAUUGACUGGUGGGAUGAGGAGGAUUUUAGGGUGAAUGGGCUGGAGAGGUUGAUACCGGACCGGGAGGGGUUGGGGAUGGCGGAGGGGGAGAAGUUCAGGGUGGUGAAGAUUGUGGGAGCGGAGGCGUAUCCGUGUGGUGGUACGCAUGUUGAGAGUACCAAGCAAUGCGGCAAGACGAUGGUCAAGAAGAUUAGUCGGUCGAAGGGGAUGAGCAAGGUUGGAUAUUUCUUGCCCUGA